GAAAGGCCAACGGACAUGUCAGCUCCGUUUUGGCGCGGCCAUAGUCUGUGUAUGGUAUAUACAGCAUGAUGAUUAUGUGCACCUUCAGCGGUGUGGCAGGGCUCUCAGCCUAUAAAGUGGACAUGAUCAGCCAGGCUUGCAUCGGCUCUUGUGAUACUCGACUUUGGUUUUUACCUUUGAUACCUGUCGAAAGAACUUUAGCUGGAAACCUGUGGCCCCACUGUGAAACACUCCCUGACCGCUCUCUCUUUCAUCAUGUCUUGGUUAUCAUAUCUCCAUCUAUCUUAACCAUAAAUAGUUCAUUUUUACCCCUUGUAUUUAUUACAACCAUAGUAUCCGCCAGACUCUGACUUUUCUUUAGUAGUCAUCGCGGAAGAUGUGAACUGGCUAGAUUUCUUGAAUUCCCCCUGUUCCUCACAUAUUCCAUCCCAUUCCUACCUUACUAGCUCUAUUGCCGAGUUAGGCAUACUUCCAUAGUUGCAUGCAGCAGCCUGCAGCCU